UGUGAGUCCAGCAUUAGCGGAAUGCCGCGAUAAAUAUUAAUGCCGUGUGCCUUAACCAUCCGGGCUCUCUCCUCCCUCCCCCCUCUGCUUCCCCCCCAUGGAUCGCGCCUUCAGAAGCGUUGCCGUCCUUGUAUUGGCCAUCCUUGUCGCUGGGUGUGUACACCUUAAGCCGUAUUUGGCAGCGAUGGGUAUAGGAAGGUCCGUAGAAUCCAUUGGAACCAGCAAUUGCAGCAUUGUUCCGGAGCUCCAGGCAUGCGAGAAGAUCAUACUACAUCAGCCGUCUGGCCUACUCUAUUUGGCGUGCUCGACACUAUAUGGCCGACUCCAGUGGAUGCCCGCCAUUGAUAGGCUCAACGCGUCUGGAAUGUCCGAGGACGACCAUGUCGCUGUCUACGACUAUGAAACGAACUCAAUCACGCGGCUCAAUUUCACUGGUUUGUCCUCACGCAGUGGAAUUUCCCUGCAUGGGAUGGAUGUGGUUAUUUCCGCACAGGAUCCAUCAACUCUUUACGUGUAUCUCGUCAACCACCGGAAACCCGCGGCCGGCGACCCCUCCAGCGUUGGGGCUGAUUCUGUGAUUGAAGUUUUUGAAACUCGACUGGGGGACAGCGAGUUGAGGCAUCUUAGGACCUUCGAAGAUCCCGCCAUCAUUAUCACUCCCAACGAUGUCGUUGGAUCUCCAGAUGGGAGGAGUAUGUACUUCACAAAUGACCAUUCCCAGAAGUCUGGUCUUAAACGGCAUCUGGAUGUGUUAAUCCAACCUUAUGACACGUCUGUUGGCUUUUGUCACGCUGAUCAUGGCUGUAAAUUUGCAUACCGCGGACUCCACGGGAGCAACGGGAUUGUCAAGGGACUUGGUCACAACAACAAUACGUACUACGUCGCAGAUUCUAUGCUGGGAGAAAUCACAGUUCUGAAGAAAGGCACUGAUCAUACAUUGCUAUUUAGCGAGGUCAUUAAGACAGGCUUCGCAGCGGACAACCUUGCCAUUGAUUCCAACGGGGCGCUUUGGGUUGCAGGCCUUGCAGAUGUUCUUGGACUUAUCUUUAGGAAGUUUGAGGACCCCUCAGCUCCAGUGUCCUCGACGGGCCUUCGAGUGACGGUCAAUGGAGACCUGGGCUCCGUUCACGGGCAAAGGUACAACGUUAAUAAGGCAUUUGAGGAUUCAGGUCGAUUGGCUUCGGGGAUCACAUCGGUGGUGUACGAUGCCCAAAGGGAACGGUUGUUUAUGCAUGGUAAUCACCCAUUUUUCACUUCAUUCUGUGUUGUGCGCUAACUAUAUUCAGGUGUCGUGUCUACGCAUCUCACUGUCUGCAAGUUGUCACGUGAACCUCCAAGCGAAUCGGCAUAGGCUUCUUAUAGUCACAUGAUCCGCGCUGUAAUACCAUGAUAAGCAGUG